CAUUGUGGUACACAAAAAGAUGGCUGCUUCCUUGUUGCCGCAUAUAUGUAAAAUUCGAGCCCCUUUAGGUGGCGAAAAAGUUUAUAAAGAUGAGUGCGUUUUCUCAUUUGAUACGCCGGAAUCUGAUGGUGGUUUGUAUGUGUGCAUGAACACAUUCCUAGGCUUCAGUCGAAAAUAUGUAGAGCUGCAUUACAGAAAGACUGGAAAUGCAGUGUACCUGCAUCUGCGUAAAACAAAAAGGCUGAUUCCGCAAGAAAAGAUUGAAGGGGAACCGGUGGCAAAAAAACCGACACGUCUCGCAAUCGGCGUCGAGGGCGGGUUCGAUGUGGACGCCGGGAGGAAGAAGUACGAGUACGAUGAGGAGAACUCCGUCGUCGUCCUGCCGGAGUUCACUGUGAUACCGCUGCCAGAUGACUCCCUGCCUCCCGAGGUUCAUACGUCAGUGGUGUGCCUACUGGCAGCUGAUUCGGCGGCCAAGUCCGAGGAGGCAGCGGCAUUGGCCGGGACCUGGGACGGCGAGCAGCGACCCGUUAGCAAGUACUUUGACGGCACGGGCGGCAACAAUCACGCCGUGGAACAGUACGAGACGACGAAGUACGCCCUAGCCGUCAAGCUGGGAACGGUAACGCCGAGCGGAGCCGACGUGUACUCGUACGACGAGGAUGAGAUGGUGGAGGACCCCUACCUAGACAAGCACCUCACUCACUUCGGAAUCAACAUCACACACCUGGAGAAGGAUAAUUCUAACAUCGUUUUGCUUCGUUUGCGUAGGUACGUCGAGCCGGCGGAAGAAAUGUUCCAGAACGGUCCGUUGGAUCCGACCGGUGACUUCAACAUCCAGAUGGCGAAACUCGGCUGCGGCCUCUGCUCAGGAGAGUACUCGAAACCGCCACCAGAGGGCACCGAGGAUGCCGACGAGGGUAACAAUCUCGAGCGAGCCGCGGACUGGAUAUUCAGCCAUGCAGACGAGCUGGACGUCGAGGACAUGGAGGCAGAUGGCGCCGGUGCUCAGGCGAUUCCCGCCAGAGGGCAGUACCGUGAUGGCGCGGGAAAGUAUAAGCUUGUUGGCUUCAUCAGCCACAUGGGCACGUCGACCUUCGUCGGUCACUACGUCUGCCACAUCCUCAAGGAUGGCCGCUGGGUGAUCUUUAACGACAACAAGGUCGCGCUGUCCGAGAAACCGCCGAAAGAUCUCGGCUACCUUUACCUCGCCAACAUGAUAGAGAGAAACAGUAGGAACAACAGCAAUCCCUGCGACUGCUUCAAAUUCGAAGUGGAGGAGAGAAUCGAGUGCAUCCAGUCGAAAAAAGUCAAGUACACGUAUAGGACGGAGUAUCUGCUGCCGCUCCCAAUCCCGCUGGAGGCUGCGAACAACGCCGAGGCCUUGCAGGAGUACGAGGAGAAGAAGGCGAUAGCCGAAGCCGCCGGCCAGAAACUCCCACCGGAAGCGCUCGUCCGCGCGCAGAUCCCGUUCACGUCGUGCCUGCAGAGCGCCGCCGCCCCGGAGACCGUCUACGACUUCUACAGCACCGCGCUGAACGGCAAGACGAUGGCCCUCAAGAACACGCGGUUGGCGUCGUUUCCCGACUACCUGCUUAUCCAGCUGAAGAAGUUCACGAUCGGCUCCGACUGGGUUCCGCGCAAGCUAGACGUGUCGGUGAACAUGCCGGACACCGUUGACAUAUCAAUGUUCCGCGGUUCGGGGCUGCAGCCCGGAGAGCAGGAACUACCGGAAGAAGCGCCACCUACGGUCGAACCAGCAGAUGUGGAGAUUGACGACGUGAUAGUGACGCAGCUUGUGGAGAUGGGAUUCGCCGUGGAGGGCUGUCGCAAGGCCGUGCUGAACACACGCAGUCAGGGCAUAGAGGCAGCGAUGAACUGGGUGAUGGAGCACAACGAAGAUCCAGACUUCUCACAGCCGAUGUUGGCGUAUGCGUGCCGCGCCCGCCGGCCUCUUCCAGCCGGACAGAGGAUAGCUGAUGAGCAUUGA